AUGAGAAUAGAGAAACUGGGCGAUUUAAGAGCUCCAGGUAAUGUCCUUUUAUCAAUAAGUUUUCAACCACAUCCUGUAAAUGAAAAGUGGGAUUUAGAGCGAGUAGCAGUUUGUGGUGAAAAUAAAGUUGCUAUUUGGGGAUUUGAAUCUAGUGGUAAUCAAAGGAUACUAUCAAUUCUAGAAAGUUCUACAAAUUCUAAUGUGAAGUGCAGUAGAUGGAGUUCAGAUGGUAGAUUUUUAGCAGUAGUAGAUAUGGAGCAAAUAACAAUAUAUGAAUUAAAUAAAGAUAUUGAACAAGAUUUUAAUAAUAGUAAUAAUGAUAGCAAUAAUAUGAUAACUUCUGAUAAUUAUAUUGAAAAUUGGUCAGUUUAUACUACAUUUGCUUGUAAUGGUGUUGAUGAGUGUUUUGAUAUUUGUUGGUUAAGUGGUUCAAAAAUAUUGCUAAAUGGCACUGUAUCUGGUUAUAUAAUUGCAUAUAAUAUAGAUGAAAAGUCUGUUAUUGCUAAUUUGUUUGUUAAAGAUAUUUUAGAAGAUGGAAGAAGGAAGUCAAAUAUUAUUAAAACUGAAGAUGAGGUAGAAGAGAUAGGUCAUGUUUGUGGGCUCAAUGCAGAUUGUAUGGGUUUAUUUGUAUCAUGUCAAAUGACUAAUCGAAAACUUUUAGUAUUUGAGGUUAUAUAUAAUACAGAUCAUACAAAUUCCAAAAGGAAUGCAAAAUAUAGAAUUUUUGAUUUAUCUUUAUUAAUUGAAGAAGAUAGAUUAUUACGUAACUCACCUUGUAUAUUAACAUAUAAUAGAAGACCAGUGUUUGAUUCUUUAACUAGUAUACUAGGAUGUCCAUAUGGUGAAGUAGGUACAUCAUAUUUCUCUUGUUUAUUUCCUUUUACAGGGAAUUCAAGAAAUCAAACUCUUGGAUGGUCUGGGUUACAAAAAAUGAGAAAGGAGAAAUCUGACAUUGUAUUAAUUGAUGAAAUAGAGGGAGCUAAAGAUUCUUUUGAUUUUUGGUCUCUGAAUUCUAAAGGGAAAAUAAAUAAUUCAAAUAUUUCGCAAUUAUGUCAACCAUAUAGAUUAAGAGGUCAUUAUAGACGUGUUAGAAUAUGUCAAUUUGCACCUGUUGUAUUUGCUAGAAAUGGUGAAUUAUUCACUAUAUUUGCUCAGGGAUGUCAAGACGGUAGUUUAAGCUUAUGGAAGGUGAAAUAUGACUGUAAUCCUUCACCAUUUAUAAAAGGAGCAGAAUGUUUUUUAGUAUUAACUAACUUUAUAGAUGAACAAGCAAGUAUAACAGAAAUUGCAUUUGAUUUCACAGCUUCAGUUUUAUUAAUUGGCUCUGAUGAUAAUAAAGUUACCUAUAUAUCAUUUGAGUUUCAUGAAUUUGCUUUGGUAGAUAAUAAAUUUUUACAGGAUAAUUGUUUGGAUAAUCAAUGGAAUAUGUGGUUUUUUGAUUACAUUGCUCAACAACCAAAGAUUCCCCAAAUAAUAUCAGAUAUAUCAACAAUGAAGCAGUCAACUAAUUCAAAAGUAAUAUCAUUACCAAAUAUUACCACGAAUGAAAUAAUAGAAUUUCAAGAGAAAAAUCAGCAUAUUAUAAUUAAUAACAAGGGGAAUAAAAUAAGAAAAAUUAAACCAGUAAAUUUAACCGAAUUGCAAAAUGACCAGAAAAUAAUUAAUUUAGAUGAAGAUAUGUCUUUAGAACAAACAAAUUCUGAAUUAAAUAUGAAGAAAGGUGAAAAAUAUUUAGAAGUUAAAUAUAAUCAAAAUGAACUAUCUCCAAUUAAUAAAUCUAAAGAGGAUGUAGAUAUUAAUAUUUCAAAAUCUUGUACAUAUAAUAAUAAUUUACAUUGGAUUAAGAAUAUAAAUAUUCCACAAAGAUUGGCAAUUGAAUUUAAAGAUGAGAUUGAUAGUGUAUCAUAUAUGUAUGCAAUCUUUGUUGAUAAUAACCAAAUAUUAAACAAUGUAAAUAGAGAUUCUACAAGAAUUGAGAUCUUAUGUAUUAGAAAAAGUUUAGAAAAGUAUAAAAUAGAAGAAGUUAAAGAUGAUCAAAAUGAUAUAUUAUGGUACAGAUCAUUACCAUAUGGUAUGGUUAUUACUAAUAUGAUAAAAAUGAGACAUUUUGUCAUUUUAAUUUAUUCACAUCCUUCCAUGGAAUAUCUAAAUAAAGUAAAUAAUUCAUAUAUGGAAAUUAUUAACAUAUAUUCAGGAUCGAUCUUAUUAUGUGAUGUAAUAUUACCAUAUGUUAUUAAUAUAGGUGUAUGCUCAGUUAUGGAUAUUAUUAUAUUAAUAAUGUCUAAUGGUCAAAUGAAGAUAUUCAGAAUUCCAAUAAAUAUAAAUGAAAGUUUAGGUUUAGGUAUAGAUUGGAAAUUUGAAGGAUAUUGGGGUCAUUUAAAUGAAUCACCACUUGUUAAAAUUGAAUGUUUUGUCCCAGAAGAUUUCAAUUUAAUAAAUAAUGUGAAAUCUGAUACUAAUACCAAAAUAUCUAAAAAGAUUACGAUUGAUAUUCCAAUUAUCCUAUUUUUUUUUAGUGAUGGAAAAGUAUUUUUAUAUUCUUCAAUAAUGGCUAAUUUUAUUAGAGUUGAUGAUUUAGAAAUGUAUGAUUCAGCUUUUUGGUCAUUUCUGACUCCUAAGCCAUAUUUUUUAUCAAACAGUAAUUCAAAUGAAUAUAAAUGUACAUUUAUUGAUGAAGAUGGAAAGACAAAUUUUGAUCUAUCUUGUAAUGAUAUACAUACUGAUAAAUAUCGCCCUCUAAGAUCCUUGCAAAGAUGUUCAAGGUUAUUGAAACUCCGUUAUGAAAAUAAUACAUACCAAAAUCAAAAAGGUACUUUUAUUAAUCAAAUUUUUAGUUUUAUAUCAAAAACUCCUCAAAAUAUCUGGGAAUCAACAAAAACACAUAUUGAACAUCAAUUAUUCUGUUGUUUAAUGUUAUUUUCGAGAGGUGAAUUUCUUUAUUGGUUUAAAUUAUAUAUUAAAUAUAUAGUCGAUAGUUUAAGCUCAGCAAUGCUAGAGAGUGUAAUUAAUUCAUGUCUAUCAGUAAUUAAACAAAUUGUAUCUAUAUCUUCUGAUAAUACUCAAAAAGAUUAUAUUUCAUCAUUUUGGAGAUAUUAUAAUAUAUUAAUAGCAAUAAAUAUUGAUCCAAUUGAUUUGUUAUUUCAGGAAAUAUUACCAUCUCUUGAUAACUUUAGCUCUUAUGCAAGUAAAAUUCAAUCUUCAAAGUAUCAAAAUGAAUUAUUGAAAUUUAUUGAUAUAAUAAGUAAUAUUAAGGACAAAGUAUUUUCUGAAGUUAAUACUAUUAGGUCAAAGAUUAAUAAUUUUAAUUUGGAGAGUGAAGAUUCCAUUCCAAAACCUCAAGAUUCUAUUUCUAAAGAUUAUCCCACAUUAGAAAUACUUCGUUCUAUAUUUUGA